UGAGUGACAGUGGGGAAGUACAUCUGGUGGUUCCGCAUCCUCGCACCGCCCCGGACCCUAACCGGAGAUAACCCCGCUAAUAUAACCCGAGCAGCAGCUCACACUGACUCCACACUGCCAGCAGCUCGCUCACAUCCCUCCCUCUCUUUUUAUUUUUAUUUUUUCUCCUGUUUGAAAAGAAGAAGGGCUGAUAAAGGAAAGAGAGAUGAACGAGAGUGAGCUCAGCUCCCCGAUAACGGAGUACGACUUCGAGCGGCGCUUCGACGAAAGACGAGCUCUGGAAUGGAUGCAGGAGAACUGGAACAAGUCGUUCAUGUUCUGUGGCCUGUAUGUCGCGCUCGUGUUCGGUGGUCAGCACUUCAUGAGAGAGAGGCCGAAGCUGAACCUGCGACGCCCGUUAUUCCUGUGGUCGUUCUGCCUGGCCAUCUUCAGCAUCAUCGGAGCGGCGAGGACCGGAGUGUACAUGCUGCACAUCCUCAAGACCAGCGGCUUCAAGCAGUCGGUGUGUGACAACACCUUCUGCCGCGCCCCCGUCAGCAAAUUCUGGGCCUACGCUUUUGUUCUCAGCAAGACCCCCGAGCUCGGUGACACCGUGUUCAUCGUCCUCCGGAAGCAGCGCCUCAUCUUCCUGCACUGGUACCACCACAUCACCGUGCUGCUCUACUCCUGGUACUGCUACAAGGACCAGGUGGCGGGCGCCGGGUGGUUCAUGACCAUGAACUACAUGGUCCAUUCCCUUAUGUACACGUACUACGCAGCCCGGGCCGCCAACGUGCGGGUGCCCCGUCCCUUCGCUAUGGUCAUCACGGCCACCCAGAUCAUGCAGAUGGUGAUGGGCCUCACUGUCCUCGGGGGGGUGUACCGCUGGAUGCACGAGGUGCACUGUCCGUCCUCCAUGGACAACAUUGUGUGGGGCUCUCUCAUGUACCUUAGCUACUUGGUCCUUUUCGCCAUGUUCUUCUACAACACCUACCUCAGAGGCUCCUCCGGGGUCAAAGGCUCCUCCGGGGACAAGGGAUCCAAGGCAGAGUAGCGUGUCCGCGCUGUGCUCGGCAGUCGUAUCGAAGUGUGCCAUAAGUAUAAUGACCGACGGUGAGGGGCCAUGAAUGUGAGUGAAGUUAACGGUUUGCUCGGCCCUCCUCUUUUUACCACAUUUACACUUACUUACUCACUUUAAAGGAAUCUGUAGCUCAACAGUGAUUGGUCCGUGGAUGUAGAGCGGUAGGGAAGAGGAGGCUGGGCACAGAUUAAUAAGAUCUCAUGAUUAGAUGCAUAACUCAUUACCUUUCAUUUUAUUGCCUUGUUUACUUAGACCAGUAUUUUUUUAAAGACAACAGUCAUACGAGGGCCAAAUAUUCAUCAGAGGUGGUUAACAGACGUUUGUGUUAUGUUGUCAUGAAGAAAUUAGUUCUUGAUGUAUACGUUGGGGCUCUGCACUAGAAAGAACAAGUACUUGUGAGCUUUAAAUGGCUAAAAGACGAGUUUAACAUGCCGGGAAGGUUAUUGGCUUUCUUUCUGAGAGUGAGAAGAGUGAGCGUUAGCUUAGCAUAAAGACUGGAAGCAGAUAGUUUCUUUCUUAGUGCACUAAAACAUUCAAUAUACAACUUAUUUAUUUGACCAAAGGAAAGUAAAAGAACCUUUAAACCUUUUCUUUAUCCAUCCGCCCGGCAGUGUGUCCGGCUACAGCGCGGACUGCCAGAUACAGCAGGUGCACACAACUGCAUCAGGUCCGUAUUUUAGCCAGGAUCUCGGGGCUCCUGCGUUGUUUAGACGCCCACCUCUCGCAAAAACAUCGACAGACGUCCCGUAGAAAGCACCGAAUAAAAGUACGCUGCUUUGAUUUGCUGACGGUCGCAUUAGUCUCAGCCGGUACACAUAUAUAAAACAUGGUGAUAAACUUGGAAGAAAUAGUUCUCGCGACCGCAGAUCAUCUGUUUCUGUUUUAUGUAAACAAACGAGCUGUUUUCUAGUCUCUAUGCUAAGCUAAGCUAACCACGUCCAGGUUUGGAUUUAACCUACAGACAUGAAACUGACCUUGUCUCGCUCUCAGAAAGUGUAUUUCUCAUACAAUACACACACACACACACACAUUAGAACUAUGUAGCUCUGAGGCAGUUUGAGAUCAUUCCAACCCUUAUUGAGCGUCUGUGAGUAGCUUCAGUAAACAUGCUUAUACGCUCGUUAGUCAUUUAAAAAGGGAACAGGGUGAACACGGCCCCGACUUUCUGCUCUUACCACACUCCAUUAGAUGAUAAGAUCUCUGUUCUUUCUGUUCUUUUGUAUUAAAACACACGUUUACACACAUUUUGCCUUCUUCGUCUCACUCGAGAAGUUACACUGGACAAGGCCCAGUCUGCAGCUCCUCUUCAUGACUGAGGGAGGGGGGGGUAGUAAUUGAUGUCAGAGUUCGUGUAUAAAACCAAGGGCCAGAUGUAUUAAACUGUGUGUGCACAAAGACUACAGAAGGGGGAGCUCCAUUGGCUGCAAUAACACCGAUACCAUGCAGACUUACGGACGAAUGAGCCGACACAGUUUCACAUUACUUGACUGACUAUUUCUCUCCUAAAAUCGUGUAAAAGUGUGAAAGUAUCCAGUAUUUCACCUGAAAAAAAGCUAAAAUUGGAGAAAAAUAACCACAAUUUAAUGACUAUAUUUGCCUUUUAACCCUUUAAACCUUCAUAUUUGUGGGAAAAUGUGUCUGCGGGUGUUUCUGUGCACACACAGCGUCACACAUCUGGCCUCUUUCUGUUUUACUGCCCUUUUAUUUUAAUGUACAUCAUGUCCAUCCACAGUGUUGGCCUCUCUGUCCUGUGUUCCUCCUGUGCUGUAAUACACCCAGCAUACUGUAGAUCCACUGGGGGGGGGUUGCUAACAACUGAACUUUAAAUUGUACAAAGCGAUGCUUCUGCAUUGACAUAUUCUGAGGUGCUGAUUCUGACACGAUGAAGUUAAAUAGGAGAAAAACUGCUGCUGAUGUGUCCAUUGUAAAUAAUAUAUAAGAAUCUAUUUAUUUUCUUAAUAUAUAACAUUCUGCGGCAGAUCUAAAGUGGUAGAGUAUUUUUAUUAGCACAGCUUUAUUUUGUUCUUUCCAUCCUGUUUGUGCUUUCGUUCCUCACAUCUGCUGACAAACCGAUCACCAUUUUUGCCUCUUAAAUGUCAAGAGAUGGAAGGUAAAUGUAAAGGUAGACUCCUUAAAGCCAUUAAUGUUAGCAGGUAGGUGUGUUUCAUCUGUGGUAUGUGUCGUGUAAUUUCAUUUCAAUUUUAUUUUCAUUAUCAUGUCCGGUGUUUUGUGCCCUUUUAGAUAAAAACCAGUGCACAUUCUGGAUCAAACAAAUGCUUACAAAUGUACUUUGAGCCAUCGUGUCUAACCACUAUUACUCUCUUUGUUGUGAAGGAGCUGACGUUUACAUUAGACUCUUGUCUUUGACAUGGUUUUUAGUUUUCCAGCUCUAACAUCAAAUAUACGCCCGUUUGUGAUUUUACUUGUUAUUCAGCAACGUCCAAUCUUUAAAGGUAUUUCAUGAUCUCUUCUGUCUGCCAGUGUUUGAAUCCAACAGGCCUCUGUGGACUUAACGCAGUGGUUCCUAACCACCGCCAGGGGGUGCCAUACCUUCUUGAUUUUAAGGGAAUCAAGAAAAUAUAUAUACACAGUAGGUCUCUAACGGAUUACUUAUUAUUUAAUAUCUAAACUUUGAUAACCUGAUCUGCUCAAAAUUCAUCCAGACAUCCUGCAGUUACUGUGUAUUUGGCUUCAUUGUUCAGUUUAUCAGGUAUAUAUUAUGAAAUAUGUCACUUAGUCAGUUAACUCAAUGAUAGUGGAAACGUCCCCGUUAAGGAUAAAGGUUGGGAACCGCUGAUUUAACGUACAAAUACAAAAACCUGUAGUUUUACUGUAAAACUGCUCCCAGAUCUGUUGGAUCGUUUAUAAGAAGGCACCAAGUGAAAACUGUCACUUAUGAUUCCUGCAUUUAUUGUAACACAUUUUUAAACUUGAAAUUAUUAUUGUUAUUAUUAUAUUAGUUAUUUGUGUGCCAAACUAUGCGUCUGUUUAUUUUUUUUCCAUCAUGGAUCAAUGUGAGUGCGCUCCUCUUGUAAAACAUCAGAAAACACGCUGAUUUCACUCCCGUGGAUUCGGCUCUCGACUGCAAACGAAGGGAAAAAAUAACAGUUUAAGGGCUUUUAAUGUUGAAAUGUUGUUUCAAUAAAUUCAUUCUGGUUUCAAAA